AUGGGGAAUCAGACCAGUGAAGAAAGGGAAGCGAUUGAGCUGGAGAAUGCCGAAUUUUCGGUCUUCGACACCAUAACCCCCGAAAAAGUGGCACAAUUGAUCAUUGUUGGUAGCACGGUUCACUUGGCUGCUAUGAAGUACAUGGAAACCGAAAGUGACACGGAUUUGUUCUACAGCGUGCUGAGUACAGCCGUGGCAAUUUUGGUUGCGUUGGGAAUGGCCUAUAGAAACCGCGUUGCAGGCAACGGAUUCGAUGGAUCUGACAUCGCACACGUUUCUCAGUUUCUGCCCGACUUCAACAUCCUUUACUUGCUUUAUUUGCCUACGUUCCUCUCUUUGCUAUUUGCAAGGCACCUCACCAUCAUCAACCUGGCUUUGGCUUUCAACUGCUCAGAUUUGGCUCCAUAUAUGCGCCUCCCAAUCCAAGCAAUCUUCGUGUUGUUCAAUGACGCGUACUACAGGGACAGACAUGUUUACCUGAAGGCCAUUGGACUGAACUGUGGGCUCGCAUAUGCCAUGCAACGCAUAGGCCAACUUAAAAGUUUUGAUCUAGUUGAAUGCAACUUGUUCAGCAUCCUGCUAACAAAUGUCUUAUUUUUGAUCGACUCCCCUGUUGUCCAUUUCCAGGUACUUCAAAACGUUCUCAGAGGCUUCCUGAUUGCAAUUACUCUCAAUUAUCCUUUGGUGAGGUUGACAUCCAGUUGGAACAAAUAUGCAAGAACGAUGGUUCUAUUCUCAACGUUUGCUUCCGCUUUUCCUCUUGCAGUGGUCCACCUUUUCGAAAUACAAGGCUUGAACCCUGCAGUUUGGCUCUACGAUUACAUCAUCUCGAGCCCCGUAAGGAUGAAGAUAACCCUCGGCUGGUUUUGUGGCUUGGCACUACUUAUCCCCAACAUCAUGAUCUUAAAGUCAAACUUCUCUUUAAACUCCUCCCGCAAAAUUUGGCACUUCAUUAUCCUAGGCUUGAUUGUACCCCCACUGAAACAAGACCCCGAAUUCGUCAAGAUUGCCCUUGCAGGCACUACUGUGAUUUUUCUAGCUGUGGAGUAUCUCAGAUAUUUAAAACUUGCUCCUUUUGGUGAGUAUCUGGACACUAAGUUGAGAUCGUUUGCCGAUUUUCGUGAUGAGCGCGGCCCUAUCAUCAUCUCUUAUAUUUAUCUGAUCAUUGGUGUCGCAACCCCCAUCCUUUUGAAUGACUCUCUAGUUGGCGUCAUCAGUCUAGGCGUAGGAGAUUCCCUGGCGUCUAUCGUGGGGAGCAGAUGGGGUCGUUCUAGAUGGCCCGGAACCAACAAAACCAUCGAAGGAACACUUGCCUUUAUAUCGGCAACUUCAAUUUGCAGCCUUGGGUUCAAGUACCUCUUGGGUGAGUUCAAGGACGUCCCCUCUUUAAAGUUGGUCCUAAUUUGCGUAUUUUCCGGUCUCUUAGAGGGCAAUAGUGUCUUGAAUGACAACAUUCUUAUUCCUUCAUUCAUGUUGAUAAUUCGCGAAAUCUUCAAGUAA